AUGAACUGGGCAUUUUGUAGACAACAGAGAGUCAUGAACUGGACAUUUUGUAGGCAACAGAGAAACAUGAACUGGACAUUUUGUAGGCAACAGAGAAACAUGAACUGGGCAUUUUGUAGGCAACAGAGAGCCAUGAACUGGGCAUUUUGUAGACAACAGAGAACCAUGAACUGGGCAUUUUGUAGACAACAGAGAGCCAUGAACUGGACAUUUUGUAGACAACAGAGAAACAUGAACUGGACAUUUUGUAGGCACACAGAGAAACAUGAACUGGACAUUUUGUAG